AUGCUUAAACCUUUGCGUUCUAGUCACCCUAUUUUGAAGAUUUUUAAUGGAUCUUUGGUGGACCUUCCUUCUCCUCCUAAUCUGUCUAUUUGAUGAAAUUUUGGUUCUUUAUUAGGAUUUUGUUUAGUUUUACAAAUUUUAACUGGGCUGUUUUUAGCAAUACAUUAUGCUACUAGAGUAGAUUUAGCUUUUUCAUCAGUAGCUCAUAUUGGUCGGGAUGUUAAUUUUGGGUGGGUUAUUCGAAGGGCUCAUGCUAAUGGGGCUUCUUGGUUUUUUAUUUGUAUUUACUUUCAUAUUGCUCGAGGGCUUUAUUAUGGUUCUUAUGUUAAUAUUCACACUUGAAAUUUAGGAGUGAUUCUUUUUUUCCUAACAAUAGGAGCAGCUUUUAUUGGAUAUGUCUUACCGUGAGGGCAGAUAUCUUUUUGAGGAGCUACUGUUAUUACUAAUCUAGUUUCUGCAUUACCCUAUAUUGGUAAAGAUGUAGUACAAUGAAUUUGGGGGGGAUUUGCUGUUGAUAAUGCUACAUUAACUCGAUUUUUUACUCUUCAUUAUUUGGUUCCUUUUAUUAUUAUAUUAUUUAGAGUAUUGCAUUUAUUGUUUUUGCAUGAAACGGGAUCUAAUAAUCCUUUAGGAUUAAACAGAGACAUGGAAAAGGUUAGUUUGCAUUCUUACUACUUAUUAAAAGACUUAAUUGGAUUUCUUUUAGUUAGUUUUUUUCUUGUUAUACUUGUCUUAUUGGAACCUAAUCUAUUAACAGACCCGGAGAAUUUUAUCCCUGCUAACCCCUUGGUUACUCCAGUUCAUAUUCAGCCGGAAUGAUAUUUUCUUUUUGCUUAUGCUAUUUUACGAUCUAUCCCUAAUAAGCUAGGAGGAGUUCUUGGGUUACUAAUGUCCAUUGUAGUUCUUUUUUUUGUUCCCUUACUUCACUUAGGUGAAUUUCGUUCAUUAAGUUUUUAUUUUUUAAAUCAAGGGUUAUUUUGAUCUUUUGUUUCAGUCUUUUUUCUAUUAACAUGGAUUGGUAGUCAGCCCGUGGAAGAUCCUUUCAUUACGAUGGGGCAAAUUUUGACUUUAUUAUAUUUUUCUUUUUUUAUUUUGAACCCAGUCUUCCAAUGAAGAAGAGAUUAUGUUUUAAAAAAAUAA